CAAGCACAUCUCUUUCUCACCACUUUGUUGCUCUGCUCUGAAGCAACAGGCUUUCCUGAUUGAUUUUUUUUUGCCAUAAUAGAAGAACUGUGCCAUGGACAAAAGGAUUGCAGUUUUCAUCUUUUCCUGUAUCCUCCUUCUAAAAACAGCUGUGGGUACAAAUUCUGCUAAACCUAGUUCUGCACCAGUUUCAGGUGCAACUACAUUUGAAUCUAGUUCUGCAUCCCCUGAAGGUGCAAACAAAGGUUCAGAUUUUGAUAAACCUAGUUCGUCACCACCUACAGACAAAAUGUCCACAAGCACGGUAAUAAGUCCAGCCUCAUCCAGUCCAAAGCCACUUACAACUGUAAGCAGUCGGACUAACAUGCCCAGUGAAAACCACAAGGAUUCCAAAGAGAGUUCAGAAAAAAGAUACCUAUGGAUUUUGUUGCCUGCUCUUUGUAUUCUACUGGCAGCACUGAUAUUUUUGAAAUUCAAGUGCAAAAAAGUCCAGAAUUGGACAGAAAUGACUGACAAUGGAACAGAGAACGCUUCUUUUCAGAGGACAGAGACUAACAAAGAUGGUGUAUUGCUGUUAGGAAUUAAUAAGACAGCAAUUGGAGAAGAUAAUACAAGAUAAGUGGAAGAAAAUACAACGGGAGAAUCUGAAAAGGCUUUACAUCCACACACUGUUACUGCUCUGAAAAAUGAAGAACCAAUAAAGACAGAGAAAGUCAAGGGUGAUGACUUGAUCAAGGCAUUCCUACAUCUGUUGGAAAUAAUUUAUGUGUUUUAAGACCAAAGAGUAUGUGUUUCAAUACAAGUUUAAAAUGUCAAGUUUUGGAAUAGACUACAUUUUUUAUAAAUAAGAUUUAAAACAAUAAUUCUCCAACAUUGUUUACACUAACUCUGAUUUUCAAUGGAAAACAUAUUUAGCAAAAAUGUUGUUAUUGUAACCAUGAAACCCAGUUGGAAAUUAAAGAGAGAAAUUGCUGAAUUGUUCCCUAAGCAUUUUCUGUAGUUUGAAGGAAAUUAAUGUAUUUUUGCUGACUUUUUUUGCAAUAUUUUUUACAUAUCACUUUUUUAGUUUGUUAUGGUUCCUCAUAUAUUGUCAUGACAAUAGCUUUCUUGAAAGCUUAUGUAAUUUCUUCGCCACAAACUAUAAACUUUGUUUUCAAAAAGGCUUUCUAAAUACACCCACUGUCUGCUGUUGAACAAACAGAGAUAAUCCCGCCCCAAACUCACGCCAUUGGUUGAGUAAUGUUGUAGGGGCGGGUCUAAUCGUUAAAAAAAACACAGCAAUUUUCCUCAUGCCACAGAAAGACAGUGCUUACAGUUCUUGACAAAAUUAACCUAGGAAUUUCUAACAGUUGUAUCUGCAUAUUAAACUGCGACAGGAGAAAUUACUUUAACACAGAAAAAUGGACACUUCAGCUUUAAAUUCCCCUUUUAAUGUAUUUAGAACUACCAGAUUGUCUCAUAGUUUGCAAAUUGUUCAUUUUAUUUUUUUAAAACUGUGCAUUACCUAGGAAUAUUAUUUUGUACUGUCACUUUUUUCUGUUUGUCACCAAUUCUUUAGCCUGUAGUAUAUAUUGUGUACUCUUUGAUGUUAAAUACCUGCAGUACACUGGAUAUUUUUUGAAUUUGAUAGGCUGAAUAAUUAAGAGAAUUAUAUUGUUGUGUUGUUAUUUUUGUACAUGCACAUGUUGGUAUGAAUUGAUAACUAUAAUUAAGAUCUUGGAAAGAUGUUUUUUGUGUGUUCAAAUGGUUUUUCCACUACUUUCACUGAGUUCUCAAUGCACUGUGACUACACUAUUAUUUAGGAGUCAUUAAAAUUAUUCAGAGAAAAAUAGACCAUUUUCAUUAGUUAUU